GCGCUGCUGCUGACAGCCCGCCCGGAGCCCCGGGGGCGGCCGCGGCCACCAUGUCGUCCCCCAGCCCGGGCAAGAGGCGGAUGGACACCGACGUGGUCAAGCUUAUCGAGAGCAAACACGAAGUCACGAUCUUAGGAGGACUCAAUGAAUUUGUUGUCAAGUUUUAUGGACCACAAGGAACACCAUAUGAAGGUGGAGUAUGGAAAGUUAGAGUCGACCUUCCUGAUAAAUACCCUUUCAAAUCCCCGUCUAUAGGAUUCAUGAAUAAAAUUUUCCAUCCCAACAUCGACGAAGCGUCAGGAACUGUAUGUCUAGAUGUAAUCAAUCAAACUUGGACAGCUCUUUACGAUCUCACCAAUAUAUUUGAAUCGUUCCUGCCCCAGCUGCUGGCCUAUCCUAACCCUAUAGAUCCUCUAAAUGGUGACGCCGCGGCCAUGUACCUCCACCGACCAGAAGAGUACAAACAGAAAAUUAAAGAAUACAUUCAGAAAUAUGCAACAGAAGAAGCACUAAAAGAACAGGAAGAAGGCACCGGGGACAGCUCGUCCGAGAGCUCCAUGUCCGACUUCUCGGAAGAUGAGGCUCAGGAUAUGGAAUUGUAGUAGAAGAGGCCACCUGCUUUUCAGAGAGACUCUUAAUUUCCUAACCAUGAGAAGCAGACUAUAAUAUUCAUAUUUAAACAAAGCAAUUUUUUUUAUUACUAAACAAGGUUUUUAUGAAUAAUAGCAUUGAUAUAUAUAUAUAUCACCCUUUAGAUCUUGAUUUUUCUUGGUCAUUUCUCAAACCCGAGGUGCAUAGCAUAUUCCCACAUUCCAUUUUGGUAGCAAUAUGCAGCCCGAAUGCAUGCAUUCAAAUUCCAUUUGGCCAAGUCAUCUUGUGUGCUACUGGACUGUCAGCUCAAACGGCUGCUCUGGUAGGUAGGGAGGUAGCAAAAGAUGUUUGCUUUCUUAUCAGUGUUUUCCAAAGACACCGGCUUGGAUGCUAUACCAUGGAACAGCACUUUCUCAAAGCUAAAAAUGGAAAGAAAAGAAAAAACAAUCUGGGGAAUGCUGUAUUAAACGUAUCAGACAGUGAUAUGGAAGGUGCUCCUUCAGGUCAACCUUGCUGAUGAGAUUUUGUGUGGAGUCGUGUUAAAGACCAACUAAACCAACACAAGUGCAUGGAGCUCUGCAGAGCACUGAAGCUUAAGUUUGACUUGGAUUUUAAGUCCGGUUUUUCUGUGUGGACUCCUGGCUGCCCUCGGAACUGUAGGGCCUGACAACCACUGGGCUCUUUGCUUUGGGGACUCUCGAAAGCCUUCAUCUGGACGUUGUCCACUUGCUUGCUCUGGAUUAUGAGCUGUUCCCUUUUGUUGGAGAAAAAAAAAAAAGACAGAAAAAAACGAUGCUCCUUGAGCAGUGCUUUGAUUUAGCUGGAGCACAUGUGAAGUCAAACUCUUCCUUUGUCCUAGUUCUGAAACUGCUGCCCUUCCAUGGCUCCAAGUUUGCUUUGUUCUCUCUUGAAGGAUGGUUAAACACCUCGCGGGUGCCCUCCGUCUCCUGGGAGGGCCCUCUGACCACAUGGAUUUAGCCUUGCUGAGAGCUUCAGAUCCACGAGGAUUGGCCCGUUGGCUGUAGUCCAUGAAUCCAUCGGCACCGAUUUUAUUUUCCCUUUAUUUUUUUUUUUCCCCCCCUCCCUACACCCCUUUCUGCACCAGCUUGGUAGCCAUCUGCUUGUGUGUGUACAACAAGAUUAAAAUUUCUUAAAGUUAACAGAGUAUGAUCUAGGAAAAAAAAAGCAAAAAACAAAAAAAAAAGAUGAAUAAAAAUCCCUAAAAGCACCAAAUGAGGAAGCAAGUGAAUCUGAUCUUUACUUUCUUUUUUUUUUCAGGAUGCUUCUGAAUGAAACGUUUGAUUUCUGCUGGUCUCUGAGAUGUUUUUGUUUGUUUGUUUUGAUGCUAAAGA